ACCACAGGGACUGCGCCAUAGAAGCCGAAACCAUCCCCUAGACCAUCCGCCCGUCGCGCGUGUCCCAGCAGAGCCGCCCAGGCGCGCCGCCCUCGCUGCCGCUGUCGCUGUGAAGCUUCCAUUUCCAGCCACCAUGGCUCCGGCCGCGGCACCCGCCGGUGGCGGAGGGGGAGGGAAUAUCAAGGUGGUGGUCAGGUGCCGUCCGUUCAACGGCAGAGAACACGACCGCGGCGCGAAACGAAUCGUGGAAAUGCGAGGGAACCAGACCGUCCUGACCCCGUCGGCCGAUGCUGGCGGCAAGGGAGGCAACAACAAGGACCACGGCCAGAAGGUCUUUGCGUUCGACAAGUCGUACUGGUCCUUCGACAAGAACGCGCCCAACUAUGCGGGCCAGGACCAUCUGUUCCAGGACCUGGGGAAGCCGCUGCUGGACAAUGCCUUCCAGGGGUACAACAACUGCAUCUUUGCCUAUGGCCAGACGGGGUCCGGAAAAUCCUACUCGAUGAUGGGCUACGGCAAGGACGCGGGCAUCAUCCCGAUGAUUUGCCAGGACAUGUUCAGGAGGAUCGUGGAGAUGCAGCAGGACAAGAACCUGCGGCUCACCGUCGAGGUGUCGUAUCUCGAAAUCUACAACGAGCGGGUGCGCGAUCUUCUGAACCCGGCGAACAAGGGCAACCUCAAAGUCCGCGAGCAUCCGUCCACGGGGCCGUAUGUCGAGGACCUGGCGAAGCUGGUGGUGGGGAGCUUCCAGGAGAUCGAGCACCUCAUGGACGAGGGCAACAAGGCGCGAACGGUGGCCGCGACCAACAUGAACGAGACGUCGAGUCGCAGCCACGCCGUGUUCACGCUCAUGCUGACCCAGAAGCGCUUCGACCCGGAAACCAAGAUGGGGAUGGAGAAGGCGGCCAAGAUCAGCCUCGUCGAUCUCGCGGGCUCGGAAAGAGCGACUUCCACCGGCGCAACAGGCGCACGACUGAAAGAAGGCGCCGAAAUCAACCGCUCGCUCUCCACCCUCGGCCGCGUCAUCGCCGCGCUGGCGGACCUCUCGACCGGCAAGAAAAAGAAGGGCGCGGCGGGCCAGGUCCCGUACCGAGACAGUGUUCUCACCUGGCUGCUGAAAGACUCGCUCGGCGGGAACAGCAUGACGGCCAUGAUCGCGGCCAUCAGCCCGGCCGACAUCAACUACGACGAGACGCUCAGCACGCUGCGGUACGCCGACUCGGCAAAACGCAUCAAGAACCACGCCGUCGUCAACGAAGACGCCAACGCGCGCAUGAUCCGCGAGCUGAAGGAAGAGCUGGCGGUGCUCCGGAGCAAACUGGGCGGCGGAGGCGGCGCGGGCGGCGCGGCAGUCCCGAUGGAGGAGGUGUACGCCGAGGGCACGCCGCUGGAGCAGCAGAUCGUCAGCAUCACGCAGGCGGAUGGGACGGUGAAGAAGGUUUCCAAGGCGGAGAUCGCGGAGCAGCUCAACCAGAGCGAGAAGCUGCUGCAGGACCUCAACCAGACCUGGGAGCAAAAGCUGACCAAAACGGAGGAGAUCCACAAGGAGCGCGAGGCUGCGCUCGAGGAGCUGGGCAUCAGCAUCGAGAAGGGUUUUAUCGGCAUGUCGACGCCCAAGAAAAUGCCUCAUCUGGUCAAUCUCUCCGACGACCCGCUUCUGGCCGAGUGCCUGGUCUACAAUCUGAAACCGGGCGUUACGACGGUCGGCAACGUCGAGUCGAACGCCGACCACCAGGCCAAUAUCCGUCUGAACGGGUCCCGGAUCCUGCACGAACACUGCACCUUUGAGAACGGCGCCGACGGGACGGUGACGGUCACGCCGCGGGAAGAAGCGGCCGUCAUGGUGAAUGGAAAGCGAGUGGCGGAGCCCACACGACUGCACUCGGGAUACCGCAUCAUCCUCGGCGACUUCCACAUCUUCCGCUUCAACCACCCCAUGGAAGCACGCGCCGAGCGGGCCGAGCGGGCCGAGCAGAGUCUCCUGCGGCAGUCGGUCACGGCGAGCCAGCUGCAUGCGCUGGACAAGACAUCGCCGUUCCCGAGCCCGAGCCCGCGGCCGGGCCAUGAACGGAGCCUGAGCGCCGCCGUCUCGGACUAUACCGACAGUCGGCCGGACUCGCCGUCGCCGUCGCCGUCGCCGUUCCACCGCAAUGCGAAGGAGUCCGACUGGUCGUUUGCGCGCCGGGAGGCCGCGCCCGCCAUCCUCGGCACAGACCAGAACUUUGCCAAGCUGACGGACGAGGAACUGAAUGCGCUGUUCGAGGAUGUCCAGAGGGCGCGCGCCGAGCGGGUGAACGGCCGCGACGGCGACGGCGACGGCGACGGCGACGACGACCUGGAGUCGAUGGCCUCGUAUCCGAUUAGGGAGAAGUACAUGUCCACGGGCACCAUCGACAACUUCUCGCUCGACACCGUCCUGACGAUGCCGUCGACUCCCAAACAGGGCGAGACCGAGGACAGGCUGCGCGAGAUGCGCGACGAGCUGCAGGUGCAGCUGGAGAAGCAGAAGGACGAGUACCAGGACCAGCUCAAGAGCGCCGAGGCGGCAAACGUCGAGGUCGAGGAAAUCCGGAAGGAAAAGGCCAGGAUGGAGGAGACGCUGGCCCAGCUCAAGGCCGACAUGCAGCGGCAGCUCGAGGUGCAGCGGCGCGAGUUCGAGGCCAAGAUCGAGAAGCUCGACCCGCUCAAGCGGCCCAAGGCCAAGCCGAGGCUGGAGAAGGACGAGAUUGAGCGCGCGCGGGGAGUGGUGAAGCACUGGCGGGGCCGGCACUACGUGCGGAUGGCCGAGGCGGUCCUGCAGCACGCCGCCACGCUGAAGGAGGCCCAGAUCAUGAGCCACGAGCUGGACGAGCACGUCGUCUUCCAGUUCACCGUGGUGGACGUCGGCCACCUGCUGUGCUCGUCGUACGACAUGGUGCUCAACGGGCUGAGCGGCGAGGGCGACGACAUUGCGCUCGAGGAGGCGCCCAAGCCGUGCAUCGGCGUCCGCGUCAUCGACUACCGGCACGGCGUUGCCCACCGGUGGAGCAUCGAGAAGCUCCACGACCGGGUCCGGCAGAUGCGGCAGAUGUACCAGUACCUGGACCAGCCCGAGUACGCCCAGCACCUGAGCAUCGACAACCCGUUUGUCGAGACCUGCAUGCCGCAGUACACGCUGGUCGGGGAGGUCGACGUGCCGCUCCAGGCCGUCUUCGAGAGCCGCGUGCAGGACUUUACGCUCGACGUCUUCUCGCCACACACGUCGCACGCGAUCGGCAUCGUCAAGCUUGCGCUGGAGCCGUCCAGCGCGCGGGCGCCGUCCAACACGCUCAAGUUCAACAUCGUCAUGCACGAGAUGGUCGGGUUCGCGGAGCGGGAGGGCACCGACGUGCACGCGCAGCUCUUCAUCGCGGGCAUCUCCGAGGACGGCAUCACCACGACGCAGAUGAUCCGGGACUUUGACGAGGGCCCGAUCCGGUUCGAGAGCGUCCAUAGCAUGAGCGUCCCGCUGUUCGCGCCGCCGCAGACGACGCUGCGCGUGGCCGUCUUCGCGCGGGUGUCGGCCAUGCAUCUGGACAAGCUCCUCAGCUGGGACGACAUGCGCGACGCCGUCCCCGCCUCGCAGGGCCGGCCGGCGGGGGCGCGGAUCAGCGAGUCGCACUUCUUCACCGAGGAGCGGCACGACCUGCUCGCGCGCGUGCAGAUCCUCGAGAUGAGCGAGGAGGGCGAGUACGUGCCCGUCGAGGUCACGCAGACGAGCGAGCUCGACGGCGGCACGUUCCAGCUGCACCAGGGCCUGCAGCGGCGCAUCGCCAUCAGCCUGACGCACAGCUCGGGCGACGCGCUGCCGUGGGACGACGUCGCGGCGGUGCGCGCCGGCAGGAUCCAGCUCCUGGACAGCGCCGGCAAGUCGCCCGACAUGGGCUCGGCCAGCCCCGAGCUGCCCCUGAAGCUGGCGGGCGCGCCCGUGUUCCGGACCAACGCCAACGGGACGCGCAGCCUCGCCGUGAGCGCGCAGUGGGACUCGAGCCUGCACAACUCGCUGCUGCUCGACCGCGUCACGGCGGCGGACAAGUACCGCGUGCAGAUGACGGUCGCGUGGGAGGUCAGCUCCGCGAAGCUUGCGGAGCCCAUGACGCUGUCGAUGAAUGUCUGCUGCCAGAUCGUGUCGCGGUCCUUUGUCCGGCAGACGUCCAUGUUCUCGGCGCUGUGGCAGCCCGUCCGCAUCGUGCACUCGGCCACGGCCAUCUUUACGCUGCAGAUGCGGCCCGCGCCCAUCAAGCGGGUGGGCGACCUGUGGCGCAUGAACAGCCAGCACGACUACGUCAAGGGCGAGGAGAACCUGACGGCCUGGACCCCGCGCGGCGUGUCGCUGGUGGCGGACUAUAUCAGCUCGCGCAAGCGGCGCCACAUGAUGUCGGACAAGGCCGCCGUCCAGGCGUCUCUCCGGAAGAUGGGCUUCCGUGACCCCCGGGACGAGGCCGGCGAUGCGGCCGAAGACGAGGAGCCUGACCUGCCGCCCCCGUCGCUCGCCUCCGACACCGACUCCAUCGCCGAGCUCCUCAAAGACGACGACGUGCCGGAGGGAGUCGAGCAGCCCUCCUCCCCUCCACUCACCGAGCCAUCUCCCACCGAACCUCCCCCAACCACCGAACCCGCAACCCGUCCCGCCGACGAAGCCCAGACCGCCCUCCUCACCCGCGCCCUGUCCCUCUGGACCCGCUACCCCGACCCCACGCUCGCCCUCCUCUCGCCGCUCAACACCGCCACCCCCGACCUACCCCCUUCCCCCCCAGGCACAACAACAACAACCACCAGCGCGUCAACCACCGCGCCCGCCUUCAUCGCCACCGUCAUACGCGUGCCCAAGAACCCGGCCGUGCUCAAGGGCGGCUACCUGCUCGUGCCCAACAGCGAGUCGACGCGGUGGGUCAAGCGCUUCGUCGAGCUGCGCCGCCCGUACCUGCAUGUCUAUGGCGCGGGCGGCGGCAGCGGUGGCAGCGGCGGCAGCGGCGGUAGCGGUAGCGGUAGCGGCAACGGCCACGGCCAGGGGGAGGAGGUGGCCGUGUGUGGGCUGCGGAACGCGCGCGUCGAGGGCCAGCCGGGGAUCCUGGGGCUGUUGAAUGUGGCGCAGCAUUGCGAGUAUGGGUAUCGUGAGGGGGAUGGGGGUGGGGGGAUGGCUGUGACGGCGGCGGGGGGGACCGGGAGGUUGAUUGCGUCGCUUUGGCCGGGCAGUGGUGGUGGUGGUGGUGGUGUGAAUGGGAAUGGGAAUGGGCAUGCGAAUGCCAAUGGAGAUGGGCCGGGGCAGAGGGGCGGCGGCAUCAGCAGGCUCAGCGAGCGGCUGCAGGCGGGCGUGUUUGCCGUCUACGGGACCGACAACACGUGGCUGUUUGCGGCGCGCAACGAGCGGGAGAAGAUGGACUGGAUUGCCAAGAUCGACCAGAGCGCCGCCGCGGGGAGCGGCAGCGUGAGUGUCGCCGGGAGUGGCGCGGCCAGCCCGAGUCUCCGGGGCCGGGCCGGGUGGUAGUCCCGCGUCCGGGAGUCUGGCGGACGAGGACCCCGGGAUGGAUGCAUAGACGGGAGACAAGAACAGUUGCCAUUUAGGGAUACCCAGGGGAUAUUUUCUCUUUUUUUUUUUGAUGUACUUUGGUCCAGCGAG